ACAUCAGGCAUCCAGAAGAACUCUCCCUUCUGAGGAAACCUAGAGAUCCAUCCAAGAAAAAAAAGAAGAAGUUGGAUGAUCAGUGCGACGACGAUGCCUUCGAGCUGGAGGGCCCUCUGAUCACACCGGGGUCUGGAAAUAUCUAUUCAAGCCCGGGACUGUAUAGCAAGACGAUGACGCCAACCUACGAUGCCCAUGACGGCAGCCCCUUGUCACCCACCUCGGCGUGGUUUGGGGACAGUGCCCUGUCCGAGGGCAACCCAGGGAUCCUGGCUGUGAGUCAGCCCCUCACCUCCCCAGAGUCCCUAGCCAAGAUGUACAAGCCUCAGACGCUGCUGGAUAAGGCCAAAAUCAACCAAGGGUGGUUGGAUUCAUCCCGAUCCCUUAUGGAGCAGGAGGUGAAAGAAAAUGAGGCUUUGCUACUCCGGUUCAAGUACUACAGUUUUUUCGACCUGAAUCCCAAGUAUGACGCGAUCAGGAUCAACCAGCUGUACGAGCAGUCCAAGUGGGCAAUUCUGCUGGAGGAGAUUGAGUGCACAGAGGAGGAAAUGAUGAUGUUCGCAGCACUGCAGUACCACAUCAAUAAGCUUUCCAUCAUGUCCUCGGAAAACCACCUGAACAACAGUGACAAGGACGUGGAUGAGGUGGAUGCUGCGCUCUCGGAUCUGGAAAUUACCUUGGAAGGUGGCAAAACAUCUACCAUCCUGGGUGACAUCACUUCCAUCCCAGAGCUCGCUGACUACAUAAAAGUCUUCAAGCCCAAGAAGCUGACGUUGAAAGGCUACAAGCCAUAUUGGUGCACCUUCAAAGAUACCUCCAUCUCCUGCUAUAAAAGCAAAGAGGAAUCCAACGGGACUCCUGCUCACCAGAUGAACCUGAGAGGAUGUGAAGUUACCCCUGAUGUGAACAUCUCUGGUCAGAAGUUUAACAUCAAACUCCUGAUUCCAGUGGCAGAAGGGAUGAACGAAAUUUGGCUGCGCUGCGACAACGAGACGCAGUAUGCCAGCUGGAUGGCCGCGUGCCGCCUGGCCUCCAAGGGCAAGACAAUGGCCGACAGCUCCUAUGGCAUGGAAGUGCAGAACAUCCUCUCCUUCCUGAAGAUGCAGCAUUUGAACCCAGACCCACAACUGAUUCCAGAACAGAUCAACACUGAUAUCAACCCAGAGUGUCUAGUUUCUCCUCGCUACCUGAAGAAGUACAAGAACAAGCAGCCAGGCUAUGUAAGAGACUUGAUCACGGCACGGAUCCUGGAAGCCCACCAGAAUGUGGCUCAGAUGAGCCUCAUCGAGGCAAAGAUGAGGUUUAUCCAAGCCUGGCAGUCGCUGCCGGAGUUCGGCAUCACUCACUUCAACGCCAGGUUCCAGGGUGGGAAGAAGGAUGAGCUGAUUGGCAUUGCCUACAACCGGCUGAUCCGGAUGGACGCCAGCACGGGGGAUGCUGUCAAGACCUGGCGCUUCAGCAACAUGAAGCAGUGGAAUGUGAACUGGGAGAUUAAAAUGGUGACGGUGGAGUUCGCAGACGAGGUCCGAGUGUCCUUCAUUUGCACAGAGGUGGAUUGCAAAGUGGUGCACGAGUUCAUUGGAGGUUACAUCUUCCUGUCCACACGAGCCAAGGACCAGAAUGAGAGUUUAGAUGAAGAGAUGUUCUACAAACUGACCAGUGGUUGGGUGUGA